GCGCCGCCUUCCCUGCGCAGUCGGUGUCUCGGCGUGGCUGGGUGGGACUUGGCUCAGUGGCCAUGGGCAAGCAGAACAGCAAGCUGCGGCCCGAGAUGCUGCAGGACCUGCGGGAGAACACGGAGUUUUCGGAGCUGGAGCUGCAGGAAUGGUACAAGGGCUUCCUCAAGGACUGUCCCACGGGCAUCCUCAACGUGGACGAGUUCAAGAAGAUCUACGCCAACUUCUUUCCCUACGGCGACGCCUCCAAGUUCGCCGAGCACGUCUUCCGCACCUUUGACACCAACAGCGAUGGCACGAUCGACUUCCGGGAGUUCAUCAUCGCGCUCAGCGUGACCUCACGCGGCCGCCUGGAGCAGAAGCUCAUGUGGGCCUUCAGCAUGUACGACCUGGACGGCAACGGCUACAUCAGCCGCGAGGAGAUGCUGGAGAUUGUGCAGGCCAUUUACAAGAUGGUUUCGUCCGUGAUGAAGAUGCCUGAGGACGAGUCGACCCCGGAGAAGAGGACCGAGAAGAUCUUCCGCCAGAUGGACACGAACAACGAUGGCAAGCUUUCCCUGGAGGAGUUCAUCCGUGGGGCCAAGAGCGACCCGUCCAUCGUGCGCCUGCUGCAGUGCGACCCGAGCAGCGCCUCCCAGUUCUGAGAGCCCGCAGCCCGAGUCCCCUGCUCCCUGCCUUCCCGGCUUCCU